AUGACCGACAGAAUUCGUCGUAAUGGCUUGCCUUCGUCUUGUGAGCCGUGUCGACGCUCUAAGCUUCGCUGCAAUCAUGCAAGGCCGUAUUUUACGCGUUGCGUGCGUCGCAACAUCUCACAACAGUGCUAUUAUCACCCAUCGCCUAUGACACGAGCACCCCAGAGCGCGAGCCAAGUUGAUUUCGCCACCGUCCCGUUGGUGAGCGUGCACGCUCCAACGGCUACGAGCCCGCCAGCGGAGACCUUGCCUGCAGACGUGCAUGACCGAGGCCCAGGGCUGGUGACCAUGCAUAAUCCGUUGAUGCCGUUCGCAGACUCCAAUUCCACGCCAUUUCACCGCGCAUUCGCAUAUCUGACCCGGACAAGCGUGAUCGCACCCAAAAAUGCAUACCCAUUCACUCCCACAUUAAUUUCUGAAGGCGUAGAGGUUCUACGCUCCUUCCUUGACUUCACCUCCGAAUACCAGGAAAUGGGCGGCAAUCAGUACGAGAACGAUCCAGGCGACCUAUGUGGUUCACUGCUGUUCAAGGCAGCGUGGGGAGCCGUGCAGAGUACCCUCUGUGGGCUAGGGGCUAGACCCUCUUUGGACCAACUUACCAGCACCUUCCUAUCAAUCUUUCAACAGACUGCGCGUCCGCUGGAUUUGCCGACGUCGGCGGAAAAGGACACCAUCGAGCUGGCUCUGUCGGGUCCAUACCUGCGCUGGGAGACUAUUGGCAUGUGCUGUACGAUGCUGAUGGCCUUCCACAUCAGCAUCCAGACACGAUUAUUCUGUGAUCAAGCUGACCAAACGAAUGAUUUAACGCCAUGGCUAUUGACAUCUGUCUUAACGCUCGCAACGUGGUGUUUUGGAGAUGACUCCGCCCGCGCUUGGGGUCUAAUGGGCGACCUAGCGUCAACGGUCACUGCUUUGGGCUACCAUAAUGGAUUUCUAUGCAGCAGAGAAUCGGAACCUCAAUAUCUGCGAGAGCUGCGCAAAAGAGUCAUCGCCCUUGCGCAUGAACGAGACAAGGAGUUAGCCACCUUUGUUGGUCGGCCGCCCAGGCUGAGUCAAAGGUACUGUACCGUCGACCUGCCACUCGACUUGUCCGAUGCGAUUCUUACGGGGCCCGCGGAACAGUUGAGACUGCUAAGGCUGGGUCCGGUUCAUCCGGUUUCUCGUCUUCGAGCAAUAGUGCUACUGAGUAUGAUCCGCGAAGAAGUGUUGGAGCUGUCGCUCGGCCCACUAGUACCCAACAUCACUCAAAAGGCAAGACGAACCCUAUCGAAAUUGACAUCGACAUGGGAAUCGAUACCUCACAAGCCAGAUGAACAACUAAUGUCUAAUGGUCCUCGUCUUGAAGAUCUGUACUCGAAGUUUCUUCUUUAUAAAUUACUGAUCAGCCAGCACAAGGGCAAUUGUGAUAAGAUGGUCUUUUACGCCAUGCCGUGUGCGAGCGUCCUGAUCCUCGAACUAUAUCGACAAAGUGGCAAGCCUAAUCAGCCCGCAACCCUGGACAACUCCGACAUAAUCCAAGAUAUUGGUGCUCUUAUCUCAUGCUGUGAUUUAUUGGUAAUAUCUGGACAGAGUAACUACCAGAUCUGCAAGCAGGCGCAGAUGGUCUUCUCGCAGUGCCUCGACCAGAUCUUGAAUACCCCUGCUGAUGCUUCUCAAGGCUCUGGGGGGCACAUCAGUGAGCCAGAAGUCCAGGAGCCAUCGUAUUCUUUGGGGCUGAUGGAUUUCGGGUUGACAGAACUGUAUCCGCAAGACCCGGAGUGGUCUACAUGGCUGGAGUACUUUGAGCUGCAGGAGACGUGA